AUAGGUUAAUUCUGUGUCACAAUGUGUUAAGCCAUUCUUCUUAUCUACAACGGAAUAAGACAACCUACACAUGACGAUGAAGGUCGCCAUCUUCCUCCUCUGCCUCCUGCCUCUGACCGUUGGCGAGAAGAAGGCCCUGCUUGGAAACAUUCUUAACGUGGACCAAAUUGGACAACUGGUCAACGCAGUGGUCAAGAGGUUUGGUACGCAUGCAAACAUAUGGCAGUGUGAAAGGGAGUGUCUCGUCCUCUUCACCAACCACAUCCUCGACCUCGGCUGCGACAUCACCUGCAAGGGAAUCCAGAACCUUAUUCAAAAGAUGUACCACACUCCACCCCAUACCACUACCCACCACCCCGCCCACCAUGGCCGAAAAUAAAGUGUUUGUAUCCGGUCAUGAAUAAAACUCACUUUCACCACUGAA